UGAUCCUGGAGUUAAGCGAAGCGAUCGUGAUGCAAGAAACGAGCAGAGGCAGCUCUCGGCCUACUAUGGAAGGGAUAUUAUACAAAUGGACAAAUUACUGGAACGGCUGGCAACCACGCUGGUUUGUUCUCACUGAUGGUGAGCUGACCUAUUACAAGAAUGAGGAGGAUGUCAACUCAGGAUGCAAAGGCUCAGUGAAAUUGUGUGCCUGUCAGAUUUUAGUUCAUCCAACGGACUCCCUGCGUGUUGACAUCGUCAUUCCAUAUGAGCAGAGAUUCUACCUCAAAGCUCCCUCACAGAUGCAACGACAUGCUUGGUUGGUUGCACUCGGCAAUGCCAAGGCUGGCUUGCCUCCAGCGAUACAGCAGUGUCCUGUGCCAGCUCCUGAGCCAGAUGCACUUAAAGCCAAGCGUUCGGAGCUGCGACUGACCUGCGACUUACUCAUGAAGCAAGUCUAUGACCUCAAAGUUGCUGCCACUGCUGAAGGAGGUCCAGACUUGAAGGAGCUGGAUGAGGCGGGUGGGCUGUUGUCCGCGACGUGCGACACGUUCUGCCGAGCCCUGGACGAGUGCAUGAAGCUCUCCCUCACCCCCACCCUCCCUGCUGAUCAUGAGGGACCGCCCCCCACUCCUCCCCUCAUACUAGUUAAGGGCAAGCGGUUGUCCACAUCGUCGCUGAGAAGGACCUCAGCCCAGCGCAAUGGCUCCACCGAAUGACCGUGAGACUAAGACCAACCAGGAUGCUGUGGCUGCGGCUGAUAUUGCUGUGGCUGCUGUUGCCGUUACUGUGGCUAUGGCUGUUGCUGUUGC